UGAGUGGUUACGUGAUCAUGGCGCCGCGAUCAAGUCAUCAUGUUUUCUAAAAUUCUAACCACGACAACAGCCAACAACAGUUUACAGUUUACAUUACAUACAACAAUCUACUUUAAUUUUGAUUAAUUUGUUAUUAUUCUAAUUAAAUUAUCAAAAGAAGUAUAAAUCAUAGUUAUGAAGUGUCUGUAAUCAUUGAUAGAAUUCAAACAUAAUUGUCAAUUGUGAAACAGUUCUUAUUUGUUUGUGUGAUGAGAUUUUAGACAAGAAAGAUGCCACCAACUAUACAAACAAAUGUGACUCCCGAAAGGGAAACCAGACCUCAAAGACCUGUAGAAAAAAGGUCAGAACUGGUCUGUCGAGUCAAAUAUUGUAAUACUUUACCAGAUAUACCGUUCGACCCAAAGUUCAUCACAUAUCCAUUUGAAACAACAAGAUUCAUUCAAUACAAACCGACAUCACUGGAGAGAAAUUAUAAGUAUGAGGUGUUGACUGAGCACGAUCUAGGCGUAAUGAUUGAUCUCAUCAAUCGUGAUACUUAUGCCACUGAUUAUCGGGCUCACUUGGAUCCGGCUGACGAAAAACUACUUGAAGAAGAUAUCCUCACACCGCAAGACUCUAAAAGAACUCGCCAACAUGCCAAGAGUGUAUCAUGGUUGCGACGUACUGAGUACAUUUCUACUGAAACUACCCGAUUCCAGCCUCAGACCAUGGACAAGGUGGAAGCUAAAGUCGGAUACAGUAUCAAGAAGUCAUUUAAAGAUGAGACUAUAUAUAUGGACCGAGACAGUCAGAUCAAAGCUAUUGAGAAGACGUUCAAGGAUUCGAAAGAGCCAAUUGAGAAGCAUUACUGUAAGCCCAAUGUGGUGCCAGUCGAAGUACUUCCAGUCUUCCCAGACUUCAAACUGUGGAAAUAUCCCUGCGCCCAAGUUAUAUUCGAUUCGGAUCCUGCUCCUGUUGGCAGACCUUUCCCAGCCCAGUUAGAAGAAAUGUCUCAAGCCAUGAUCAGAGGUGUGAUGGACGAAAGUGGCGAACAGUUUGUAGCCUACUUCCUGCCGACGCCAGAAACGCUCGAAAAAAGGAAGCAAGAUUUCGUGGAGAACGUUGAGUACACCGACGACCAGGAGUACGAGUACAAAAUGGCGCGAGAGUACAACUGGAACGUCAAGAGCAAAGCGUCCAAAGGAUACGAGGAGAACUACUUCUUUGUCGUCAGAAAUGAUGGUGUUUACUUCAAUGAGCUUGAAACUAGAGUACGUUUGAAUAAGAGAAGACAGAAGCCAGGCCAGCAGGUGAACAACACACGACUGGUGGUGAAGCACGUUCCGCUGUCGGCCAACGAGUACAAGAUGCAGCGCUACAGGGAGAAGCAACUGGAACCACCCUGCGAGGAGGAGGAAGAGGAAGAGGACGAGGAAGAAGAAGAGGAAGAGGAGCAGAUACAGACUACAACUCGACCCACCGAUAAGAGCAAACCAGAUAACAAGAAAGAUGAUAAAAGCGAUAAUGAAGGUAGUGGCAGUGAAAAAGAAGAUGAUGAUAAACAAGACAAAAAUGAUGAACAAAGUGAUAAAAGUGACAACGAAAGAGGGCGCAAACGGCGACAGAGUGGAAGUGACAACGAGGAGAAAGAAGACAAAGAUGACGCUGCAUCAUCUGCAUCUUCGAAAUCACGAUCGCGCAGUUCAUCUGCAUCACGAUCGAAAUCUAGAUCAAGGUCGAGAUCAAAAUCAAAGUCGAGAUCGAGGUCUAGAUCAAAGUCCAAAUCGAGAUCAAAAUCUAGAUCGAAGUCUAAAUCGAGAUCUAGGUCUAGAUCGAAGUCAAGAUCGAGAUCCAAGUCGAAGUCCAAAUCAAGAUCUAGAUCCAGAUCAAAAUCGAAGUCAAGAUCGAGGUCUAGAUCAAAAUCCAAAUCUAGAUCUAGAUCAAAGUCUAAAUCGAGAUCAAGGUCCAGGUCCAAGUCUAAAUCCCGAUCUAGAUCGGCUUCGAGGUCGUUGUCCAAGUCGCGUUCGCGUUCGGCGUCGCCUGCCGCGUCUGAAGCGGCGUCCGAGGCGGCCGGGUCGCCAGCGACUGCUCGGUCGCGGUCGCGAUCGCAGUCCAAGUCUCCGUCGCGAUCCCGGUCGCAGAGUGCUUCUGGAUCCGGGUCUGGCAGUGGCAGUAGUAGCGGAAGUGCAAGUGCUAGUGAUAGUGAUGCUAAUUGACAUCCACAAAAAUAAUAAUGCAAUAUACUACAUUCAUUAGAGUGUAAGAGGAAUUAAUUUUACCAACAAUUUUGGCUUUCCUUUUUCAGUUGUUUCGUCAGAUUUCAGUUCAGAUAUUGAGUAAACAAGUUGUUGAUAUUGAGUUGGGUUGACCGACUUGAUAUGAAAUAACAAUAAUUCAUUGGAGGUUCCUCCUAAGGCUGUACUACCGGCUAAAAAACAUUUCACUUGUGGCAUUUUUCAAUUUUGAUACUAUCAAGCUGUAAAAAUAUAAAUUUUUGAGGAAGCUAUUAAAUUACAAAAAAUAACUCUUAUUGAAUUAGGACAGAGUUUGUAUUAUAAUUAUUUUAUUAUAAAUUGUUUCAUUGUUUGACGAUGCUUAUUGCUUUUUAAGUUUUACGGCAAAUAACAUUCUUUAUUCUUGAAAAAACAUUAUAUUCAACAAGAAUAUUUUCCUCAAAAUUUUAUGAAUUAAAACUACUGAAAUUGAAAUGAUUGGUUUCAAAAACUUGAUCAUAUAUUCUGCUCGUAUCUCAAAAAGUAAUAAUUAGAAGAAAGAAACUUUUUGUUUUGAUAAUUUGAUAGUAUACAAAUCGAAAACUUUGAAAAGUAUCACCAGUAUAAAGGUUUUUUAGCCUGUUACACAGCCUCAAGGGAAAAUGUGUGUAGGAAUUGAAAGUAGAAUGAACUUGGAUGUAUUUGUAAAAAUGUUUUGUUUAGUUUAUAGUUUCCAAUGUUAGUUUCAGUCCAGUUAGAACUGACAGCUUAUGCAGUUGACUACUUGAUCUGAACUUGGAUGAUGUGUUCUUUCAAAGUUUCUUCAACAUUAAAAGAUAUUACUAUAAUACAUAUAAAUAGACUACUGUAGUUUAUCGGUCUAAUGUUUCGGACGUAGCUAUGAAAAUAUAGCAUGAAUAAUCAUUUUGUAUAUUCAUAACAAAUUAUACACUGGUUGAAAGAUUGGUGUGGCUUUGACGGCAUAUUGACAGCUUUUUUUAAUUGUAUUUGACACUCAUUAUGUACUUCAAUGGCAUGUGAUUGCUUUCAGUUACGUCUUUACUAUUUUAUUCAAUGAUAAUCUAUAUUUAAUAAAAAGGGACAAAAAAUGACAAAGUUCUAGUCCCUGUAUCGAUAAUUUGGAGGCUCAAAUGAACGCUGGAAACUGUUCUGUUUAGCGAUUUGCAACCUGCCGUUUCACAUCAUAAUGUUAUCAUUCAUCCAAGAUAUUAUUUUCAUAUCAACAACUUAUUUUCAUUGUUCUGAUGGAAGGGGCAUCAACUCCACACAGUUCUCAGCUCACUUCAAAUCGAUCACUGUUGUAUGAAUAAUUAUUAUUGGAAAUUGGUUAUCAUCAUUGAGUUUUUCUCUAUCUUUUUCAAUGUAACUUUUACUUGUACAGUUUUGAAUGCAAUAAACUACUUUUUAUUUCCUAUAAUCUUUAAAAUGGAA